AUGCCUAAAAAUUACCAGCAUGUUCUUGCCUUCAUCUUUGCAAUUCAAGAGAUCAACAGGAAUGACCAUCUCUUACCCAAUAUCACACUGGGAUUCGAAAUCUAUGACAAUGUUUUCAAUCCUCUGAAAGCCGUUGGGAACACUCUGCAGUUCCUCUUCACAGGGCAGGGGAAUCCCUUGAAUUACAACUGUGACGGGAAGCAGCAGCUAGUCCUUGCCAUUGGUGGGCUCACCUCCCCAAAUUCCAUGCAGAUGGCCAGUGUCUUCAAUACCUACAAGAUCCCACAGCUUCAUGCUUUUCUGAGCAAUAUCCAUUUCAACAAUAGUGCUGGGGAAGAAAUCUUUUUUGAUGAGGAAGGGAGCCUGCCCUCAGGAUACGAUAUCAUCAACUUGGUCGCAUUCCCCAAUGACACCUUCCAGAAAGUCCAAACUGGAAGGAUGGAUCCCCUGGCUCGUGAAGGAAAAAGGUUCACCAUGAAUGCAAGUGCUACUGUAUGGAACCACAAGUUUAAAGAGCAUGUUCUUGCCUUCAUCUUUGCAAUUCAAGAGAUCAACAGGAAUGACCAUCUCUUACCCAAUAUCACACUGGGAUUUGAAAUCUAUGACAAUGUUUUCAAUCCGCUGAGAGCCGUUGGGAACACUCUGCAGUUCCUCUUCACAGGGCAGGGGAAUCCUUUGAAUUACAACUGUGACGGGAAGCAGCAGCUAGUCCUUGCCAUUGGUGGGCUCACCUCCCCAAAUUCCAUGCAGAUGGCCAGUGUCUUCAAUACCUACAAGAUCCCACAGCAUGGCUUAUAUGUUCCAAAUCAAGACAACUGCACUGGGGAGGAGAAACUGGGGAGCCUCCCUGAAUCUGUGCUUGAAAUGGGCAUGUCUGGGCAGAGCUAUAACAUCUACAAUGCUGUUUAUGCUGUAGCCCAUGCUCUCCAUACUAUGUAUUCUUCGAAAACUAAACAGAAGGAAAUUGAGAAACUCGGGGGAAAGAGUCUUCUGUUACGGCCUCUUCAUGCUUUUCUGAGCAAUAUCCAUUUCAACAAUAGUGCUGGGGAAGAAAUCUUUUUUGAUGAGGAAGGGAGCCUGCCAUCAGGAUACGAUAUCAUCAACUUGGUCACAUUCCCCAAUGACACCUUCCAGAAAGUCCAAACUGGAAGGAUGGAUCCCCUCGCUCGUGAAGGAAAAAGGUUCACCAUGGAUGGAAGUGCUACUGUAUGGAACCACAAGUUUAAAGAGAUGCAACCCCGUUCCCGGUGUGUCGAGAGCUGCCAUCUUGGAUCCAGCAGGAUUGCCCAGCGGGGAAGACAAGUUUGUUGCUAUGAUUGUGCUCAGUGUCCUGCGGGAAGGAUUUCAAUACAGACUGAUGCAGACCAGUGUGAGAUGUGCCCAGAAGAUCAAUGUCCAAAUGAGAAACAGGAUCAAUGCAUCCCCAAAAGAAUAACUUAUUUAUCCUAUGGAGAACCAUUGGGAGCGGUUUUGAUUUCUUUUGCUCUUUUGUUUUCCCUGAUCACCUUUGCUGUGAUUGGGAUCUUUGUUCAGCUCCGCAAAACUCCCAUUGUGAAAGCCAAUAACUGGAGCAUUACCUGUACGCUACUCUUCUCUCUGCUGCUUUGCUUUCUCUGCUCCUUCCUAUUCAUUGGUCAGCCUAGGAAGGUGACCUGCCUCCUCAGACAAACCGUGUUUGGCAUCACGUUUACUGUUGCUCUUUCUUCUGUGUUGGCCAAAACCAUCACUGUUGUUCUGGCCUUCCUGGCCACCAAGCCGGGAAACAGGUUGAGGAGAUGGAUAGGGAAGAGGCUGGCAGUAUCGGUCAUCAUUCUCUGUUCACUUAUUCAAACUGGAAUCUGUGCUGUGUGGCUGGCAACCACUCCCCCUUUCCCAGAGUUUGACAUGCACUCUCAGAUCAGUGAGAUCAUUGUGCAAUGCAAUGAAGGCUCAAACACCAUGUUCUACAUCGUCCUGGGCUACAUGGGUUUUCUGGCCAUCAUCAGUUUCACUGUGGCCUUCCUUGCGAAAAAGUUACCUGAUAGCUUUAAUGAAGCCAAGCUGAUCACCUUCAGCAUGCUGGUCUUUUGCAGUGUUUGGAUAACCUUUGUCCCAAGCUACUUGAGCACCAAGGGAAAAUACAUGGUGGCAGUGGAGGUCUUCUCCAUCAUGGCCUCUAGUGGUGGACUGUUGAGUUGUAUCUUCCUCCCCAAAUGCUACAUUAUUAUUCUUAGACCUGAUCUGAAUACCAGAGAGCAACUGGUUAGGAAACGAUAUUGAGACACUGGACUCUUUCUGCCUUUUCUAGUUCUUCAACACCAUGUCUCUCAUCAUUAUAUUCCCAUAUUAGUAGUGAAGGAAGACGUAG